AUGGCAAGAGUCGCAGACAUUAGCAACCCAAAUGCUCGACCUGUGGUCGUCCAAGGUGCACCUGACAACCAGCUUGUGAAUCUACUCAAUGAGGUUUGCGCUCCCUUGAGUGCUGUAAACAAACGAGUUGAUCACCAAGGAUAUCUCUUACAUACUGCAGCCAAGAUAUUCUCUGAGGACGGCUUUAGAAAGAUCGAAAUCUUCCGUGUCAACGCUUUCUGUGCAUUCCCGGAGGAGGAUCUGGCAGAAAGAUGUGAAAAAGCGGCUGAUAUUCUGGUGGGCUUCUGGUUUAAGGAGGACCCUAAUUAUGAGCAUAUGAAGCCUGCUCUUAUUCCUCAUCUUGCGUUGCAUUUCAAGGACCGCCCCAAUACUAUCGGAGAUGAAGUCGCCAUUCUCUCGGCUCGCCCCCUUCCAAACUAG